AUGAGUUUCCUAAGCAUUUUUACUUUCUUCAGCGUCCUUAUUUCCGUUGCCACUGCCGUCAGAUUUGAUUUGACUAACGUCACUUGUGCUAAACUACAUGGUCCUCACUGUGGUACCUACGUUAUGGAAGUCGUUGGUCAAAAUGGAACAUUUUUGGGUCAAUCUACUUUCGUUGGUGCCGAUGUUUUAACCGAAAGCGCUGGUGAUGCUUGGGCAAGAUAUUUGGGCCAAGAAACAAGAUUCCUUCCAAAGUUGACCACUAUUGCCAGUAACGAUACAAAGAACUUUUCUCCACUUAUCUUCACCACCAAUAUAAAUACUUGUAACCCUCAAUCUAUUGGUGAUGCUAUGGUUCCUUUUGCCAAUACUGUUACUGGUGAAAUUGAAUACAACUCCUGGGCUGACACUGCUGACAACGCUUCUCUCAUAACCGGUUUAGCUAACCAAUUGUUUAAUGCUACCGAUUAUGGUGUUCAAGUUGCGUCAUGUUACCCAAAUUUUGCUUCUGUUAUUUUAAGCACUCCAACAGUUAACAUUUUCAGUAUUAACGACUCAUUGCCAGAUUAUUGUACUGCCAUUCAGUUAAAGGCCGUUUGUCCACCAGAAGCUGGUUUUGUUUAA